AUGGCAGAGCACACAAACCCAAAUGCGAACUACAACGUCGGAGGUGUAGGUGUCCCUAGCGCGCAGGUCGAGCUUAUGGAGAACAUUCAGUCACAGGUCCACCAACUCCUCCAGCAACAGCAACAACAACAGUCACUACCUGUCCAACAGCAGUACUCCCAACAGACACCUACUCGUGAUCCUCUCCAGUUUGACCAGCAGUACCAACAGUCCUUCUACACCCAGCCUACUGACAAUGGGGCUAUUCAAACCAACUCUGCAAUGGUAGAUGCAGAUAUGGCGGCGCCAGCUAUCGUCCCCGCGAACACUAAUGUGGUCGGAAAUGGUUCGCCUGGAUCCUCGGUCGGUGGUGUUGGUGUUCCCGGCGCCCGAGUUGAGACUCUUGACUUGAUGCAGCCCCAGGCUUUUUACCAGCAGCAGCAGCAGCAGCAGGAUCAAGCUAUUCAGCAACAACAACAUGUCGCCAGCAAUGCUGGUGCUCCAACUCAGCAGUCGCUCAUUUCCGCUGCUUCGGCCACUAGUACCACCACUAAACCCGGAGAACCCGACACCGUCCAACAAGCCUCUGCAUCCCGCCCACCCGUCGGGCCCUUUGACCCCCCAGGAGAGGCCACAACCACAGAACCAGCAGUCCCUCCAACAAUCUUCCUCCAACGUGAGGCAUCUAUGCGCCACGACCAACAAACGCCCGCCCAAACAACCACAACCUCUUUGUCCACAGAAGCCACCCCUCCUCACAAGAUCCACGUCGCAUCCUCAGCCGCAGUAGCAGCAGCCGCCGCCGCCCACGCAGCAGAUGCAUCCUCACGAGGCCGCCGUCGCUCGUCACUUGCAAUCCUGGCCGACAAGAUUCGUUCCUCCACCUCACGAUCCCGCUCCUCCACCUCGCGGUCCCGUUCCUCUUCACUUUCGUGCCGUCUCUCCCGGACCAUUUCGCGUCACUCUUUCGACGACGGCGCGGAGGAGGAAUCUGUUGGAGGGCCUUAUAGGGAUGUCAAGAUUGCUCAACAGGAGCAUUUGGCAAAGUUGCGUGCUGAGCAGGAAAAGAACGGGAUCACUCACAACGUCGACGGUCUUCCUAUCCCCCCAGUACCCGAACGUCAACGCCGUCGGUCCAGUGUUAGUCAUGUCCUUGGACUUGACAAACCUUUGCUCUCUCGCUAA